AGAGGUAAAAAUAGCAUCCAAUUACAAACAACAGUAGGUAUUGUAGGAACGCCCAAUAUUUGACCAAGGAUCAGGAGGUUGUGUAGAACGAAACUAUCGAUAUUUCCUGUGAAUGUUUGUGCAGGAAAUUUCUCAUCGGAGAGAGACAACCACAACGUUGCAAUUACUACCUGAUUCACAAGGAAAGAUCGUGUGUGACUAACCAUGUCUUUAAAAUUUCUUCGAUCUACUUCGAACGUAUUAGAAUGUCAAGUUGUGCUCCUCGACAACUCGCAAUUCAGCACGACAUUUGAUGAGAAGACAGUGCAGGGAAGUGAGCUGUUUGACAGAGUGUGUGAAAAAGCUCAAGUCCCUCCCUAUUACAAGCAGUACUUUGGUCUGCAGUACAUCGAUCGCGAAGAUGGUGACGUCGCCUGGCUGAAUCUGGAUAAAGAAAUCCGCUCUUCUCGAAAGACCAAACCCUUGUUGUACCAAUUCGCCGUGAAAGUGUUCCCGCCAGACCCCAUUAAACUUUCGAAAGACAUGCAAAUACUCAUCCUGCGCCAGCUGAAGGCGCUCAUAAACCGAGGAAAGUUUUCCCUCCCCGUUAGCAAGCAUGCUUUAAUCGAUGGAUUCUACGUGCAAGCCAUGCUCGGGGAUUUCAGUGCCAAGAGACACAAGCCGGGAUAUCUAGAAGAUCUUUUAGGAUUAUUCUACUGCCCACCCACGGGUAUUAACUCCGACGGGAACAUUAGCGAGGAGGAUUACGAGGUGAUGGUCAAAGAUUUGCAUAAAUCGCAUCGCGGGAUGACCCGCGAGGAAGCGGUCUCGGCGGCCCUUGACAUUUGUAAAGAGUUGGAGAGCUACGGUGCCUGGAUGCACUAUGGAGGUUUUGAUAGCAACGGGGAUGAAGUAGUUUUCUGCGUUUCAAUUCACGGGAUCCGUGUCUGUCAGCUGAAGAACAAAUUUCCAGAAGCCGGUGCAGUGUGUCACAAUUUUCACUGGCGUGACAUCAUCUCGAUGUUCUGCGAUAACGCAAAGUUUUACAUGUAUGUAGCAGAAGGAAGAGAUGAAGAGAACAUGACAUGCCAGGCUUUUCGCUUCCACAAAGGCUUAUAUGGAUACAAGGCCUCUCAACGCUUGAUGGUGGACGCAAAGAAUCACCAGAAGUUCUUCUUUGAAGACAACCCUGAGAGGGCUAAAACUAUGAGAAGCCUGUCAUUGGAAGCUAAAUCCAUGAACAAGAUUCGCACGGGAUUGGCUGGUAAAGUAAAUCUCUCCUUAAGAAGAGCAACGAUGAAGUAAACUAUAUCUUUUAUUCAGUCCAUGGAGAAAAUUAUCUACUCUUGUUCCCGAAUUGGCCAACUGACUUGCUGGCGAAAUCCCGUGGAUCUGAAAUAUCGAGUAUAGAUCGACUGCAUGUACUCUUACAUGCCGUAACGACUGUUUCAGAAUUACGGAAGCUAGGAAGUAGAAGUUUCGAAAGUCGUCCAAAUUUAAUCCCCAGGCUCAGUUUCUGAGCAAGCAGUUAAGUAAAGAAAUUGGGUCAUUAGAAGCAAAGACAUCUUAGAGCGCAAAUAAAAAAAAAAAA